AUGCCAUUCCACACCAGACCCUCCAGCAGUCUCUUUGCCCGGCCAGGGCAAGCAGAAGAAGAAGAAUCAGAUGAUGAUGCAUUCUACAGACCGCCCAGAAGAAAACCACCAACACAACAACAGAGACGAGAAACGGUGGAGUUUUCCGAAUCAUCAGAACCAGCAGUUGGGCAGCAGCAGCAGCAGAGUCCUCGAGUGCCUCGACCAAAACCAGAGGCAGCCAAGAUGGAUCGAUACAACAACAAUGUCAAUAAAAGAAGAGGAGAUUAUUACGAUGAGGAUGACGACGACGAAUUCGAAUAUUAUGAUGAUGAUGAUGAAGAAUAUUAUGAUGCCGAUGAUGAGGAAGAAUCUGGUGGAAACUAUUGGACCAAUCCACCAGCACGGUAUGAUCCGAUUCGACCAUCAUCAUCUGCACGUCCCACACAACGAGUACCAGGGGCCAAUGAGCCACCCAGAACAAGAACAAGACCUAGGAGAGAUACUCGACAACCAUCCUCAAGAUCUAGAAGAAGAGCUACAUUCCGAUCCGGAACACCCCCUCCUCCCCCUGUCGUUGGUGACUUUUACAAACAACUAUUCUGGUAUGGCUUUGACCCGGAUGAGGCGUCGUCGCCAGCGGAUAAGACUAUGUUUGGGGGCACCAAAGGAAAGUUCAAUGGAUUGGCCUUCCUGUUCGACGAUGCACUAGAUCCCGCUGGAAGAAUGGACAAACCAAAGAAACGGCGGCGUUACUAUGAUGAUGACGACAGCUACGAUUACGACGACGAUUUUGACUAUUACUACGAUGAUGAUGUUGUUGAUGGUGUGAAAGAAGAUAGUUUCAAUGACAUUUAUGACCGUGUCUCUACAAGAGAUGGCGAUGGAGGAGGUGGCAUGGAGCCUCCCAGCGAUGAAAGGUUAGAAGACGAUAUUGAUGAUUAUGAUGAUACUCUUCUUCCAGAAACACACAAAUCCAUGCCUAACGACAAGCAUUAUUUUGUUACGCCCCCAAAUGAUCAACCCAGACCCUUUCUGGAGCAGAAUCUCAAAGAGGAGUUCCGAGAACCCGUCAGACCCAGUCAGGUCCCCGGACCAAGGAGAAAACGGCGUCCUCGAAAGAGUCCCUGGGAAGACGACGCAGAGUACGACAAUGAUGAAUCCUACUAUGAUGAUGGUUAUCGAUCAAGGUCGCGUCGAGGAGGAGACGAUUGGGCUUAUGAAAAGGUAUCCGAUUGGUUUCGUGAUGAUGAUACGAGAGACGACUUUGAGCAGUCCCGUAGUCCCAGAGACAGAAGACGGCCCCGCAACCAGCAAUCAUCUUCCCCAUGGAAAUCACCGUUCGAUGUUGUUGGAGACUUUCUUCGCGGAAACAACGAGGAAAACGACUACAAAGCCGCCGAGUACGACAGACAAAUGGGCAUAAAGAAGAAUGGGGCGAAUGCAAGGAAUGGGCAGCGUCGACCUCGGCGGGAACGACGUGGUAGAGGCUAUGCUUACCGCUACGAUGUCAGUGUAGAGGACUACAAUGCCAUUGUAGAUGCAGAUGUCAUUUCAGAAUCUGAUGCAGACGACAAACCAAGAGAUGUGAACGCCCAAGAUGCAGAAAGAGAAGGGGACUUCGUCGUCGAGGACAAACAAACUCAAGGCGUUACGCCAAAAGCAAAUGGAAAGUCGCAAGAUCAGAGGGCACAGAAACAGAAGAGCAGGGAUGAGCGAGCCUUGGCGGUGGAACGAAUCCCUCCAAAUGUGCCUGCAUGGGGCCCUUCAGGCAGUCUUGGAAUCAGUGCACGCAUGAAAGCAUACGAAGAUGCUCUAGACGACAUUGCACAAGCUCGAAACAGAUUGGAGGAGCGAAAGAAAGAAGAGCAACAAGCAAAGGACGACAUUAUCAUUUUGAAGGUUGAUAUGGGCGUGAAGAAACGACGGCUAGCAGCAAGCGAAAGAAAAUCAGAAAAGCUUAGGGAGACAAUCCGUGACAUGGAGAUGGAUGUCGAAGAAGCGUCUAGAUGCCUACGAAUAGCCAACGACAAGGUCCGAUUUGCCCAAGAGCGUCUAUCUGACAUGGAAUACCGUCACCGAGAAGUUUUGAGUGUAAUCAAUCCGUCAAAGGCCGAGGAAGGAGUCGCAGAGGCUUUCUUGGAGUUACAACAGACUGACCCAGCGGCGCGAUUGCAGCAACGAAGAACUGACGGUGCCGGUGAUGCGAGAGACGGUGACAGCUAA